AUGUCUUCAGCUCAUCAUUUGUGGUUACUCCGCGUGAACUUUCUGCUGAUUGUCUACUUGAAGUUAUCGAUCUGUUCUCCUCCUACACCCAUCCCAGCUGAGCUUGAGGUCCCAACUAUCGGUGCUCUUGAGCAUAGGCCAGACUCCAGUGUGGAUCGAUCAGAAUCUUGGGAGCUUUUGGCGUUUCAAUCGGCCAGGAAGAGUAGAAAAGUAUCAUCCGACUAUGAUUCGGUAGGGGGAAGGGCUAUGAAAAAUUUCGAUUUGAAUGAAGAAUAUCGUGGACAGUGGGACGAAAGUGAGCUCGAUUCCUCAGGAAAUGGUUCACGGCAUCAUGACACAGUCAGCUCAGCUAUCGGUGAUGGUGCCAACUCGAAAGACAAGACGUUCCCUUCGCAAUCCGACUCACCGACGGCUUCCAACUCUCUAGACAGCCAACAUGGCAGACAGGUCGAGAUUAGCACAGUUUCGAAGAAGCGCUCAAGGGAUGAUCAGUUGGCGAACUCGGAAUUUCGUCACCCAACCCAAACAAUGCAAGAGGGAAAAAUGACUGCUCAACCGGAAAGUCACUCUCCAAGCCUUCUUAACCAUGCAGAUCAGGGACAGCAACCAAUUCCAUCCUCAUCCGGACACAGUCCAAUAAAAUUUGAAAUGCUGCCCUAUGAUGAAAGAUGGCAUCCCUUUUUUGAUUGGGUCAAACGAUACUUUUUCCAGAGGAAUUCAGAAUUACAAUCAGAAAGUAUCAAACGUUUCUUACGGCGCUUGGAAAAAGAACAGGUGACCUUGAACGAGAUGUUACCCAAUAGAAAGUAUUAUAAAAAGGUCAGCUCUAAGGAUAUCUCGCUCGAGAUCAUCCAUGUCGACGAAGAUCCAGAUAUAGAAGACUUCCAUGACUUUUUCUUCUUGCCCAAAGGAAUUAGAGGGGCUCAAGCACGGCGAGGUAAAUGUUUGAUUAACAUCAGAGUUCGUGUUACGAAGAUCCUUGAAGCAGCAGAGCUUUUCAUUGGUCUGGCCAGUCUGCAAGAAAUCGACCCAGUAAUCUUUGGGCCCCAAUGGGAGAAUACUCGGCAGGAAUUUAUGGAAUGGAUUGAGAAACUGUUCUUUGAAGCAACUGAAGAUAGUCUUCCGAUCUUUGGGCAAUAUAGCAACACGUGGACAGAGGCAGAACGGGCCGCAAAUCGAUUUGGUGACGCACAGAAAGCAUUGGCGAUGGUGCUUGUCCACCAGAAAAAACACACCGAUGUCCAACAGACAAAGCAAAGACACAAUGAAAUAUACAGCGUUUCUCUUUCGCUGCUAGAAUAUUGGUAUAAGAUAAGUGCUCUCAAGCUUGGCAGAUCAGACCCAAAAGGUCACCCUGAAAACCUCUGGAUCUUUGCAGAAUCCGUAAGCUUUUGGAAGGACGACUUGUCAAGAUUAAUGAAAUCCGGAAUCGGUGCAAGCAAGAACCAAAGCCGACCACAGGACAAUGUUGUGACGACUGAUCAUCAGAUUGAGAGUCCAGAGCUCGAUUUUUUUAGCGCCAAGAUAAAAGAGCACUUUGGAAACUCGGGAGAUAUUCAGCACAAGGAGUCAUUGUUCACGGUUGUUAGUCGCCAUCAGAAGAAAGGCGAAUCAAUGAUCACCCAAGGAAUCAGGGCCUUUAUUCGCUCAGAACUCGAGAAGUCUGUGCUAGCACUCCAAGACCAUUUUUCGCGUAUCAAUGAACCGAUCAAGGUGACCGAUCUGCCGAUUUAUCUUAUCCCGGCCUAUCACCACGAUCAUACUCUUGAGACACGGCAUGUGUUCAUCAAUCUGAGCGACGGCAGAGACGGGGGGAGGACCCGGACGGAUCAAGUCACUUUGUUCGAGAGUCGGAUCCUCAAAAUCCUCGAGUCUCUCAGUAUUCUCUGUCAGAUCGCAAGCGUCAAUUUAGGAGUUGAUGAUCCCCAGAAAACUCAUCAAAUUUUAAUCGACUGGUACCUUGCCAGUUUAUUCAAGCAUUCCGCCCAAGAUGGCUUGCCCCUUUUCGGCUGGGUUCAGAUCGUCUUUCCACCCAUACAUCCUCCCGAAGAAUUGUUUGGGAUCCCUCAGAAAUUCUUAUCCAAAGAAUUAACGACGUCAAGACCCCUCCAUAGGAAACAGGCACAUAAGCUUGCAUUCUUACUCUUCAGUUUUUGGUAUGAAGAAGUCGCUGUAAAACGUGGCUUAUUUGGCCCAAUUGACGAUCAGUUACUUUCCUUUGGCGAGCUGUGGCAGCACUUUUAA